AUGAAUUCCAUAGGACAAACGACACAGUUACCUGAUUAUUCUUGUAGUGAAAAUAAUGUUUCUAUUCAGUUUACAUUGUCUUCAUCAUCUCAUUCAGCUUCGAAUUCAGCAUCGAAUUGUUCUUUACAACAAUGUAAUACAAGCUUGAAUGGUAACAAUAAUUGUCUUUCAUCAUCAACAUCUUGUUUUGAUUAUCGAACAAUAAAUAAUAUUAGUUAUUGUGCACCUGGUAUUUUAUGUUCAAUAUUAGAAACAUGUAAUAAUAUUACACAAACAUGUUCAUCAAAUAAUUCUAUAUGUGUUAUUAAUUCAUGUUGUUCAUCACAACCAGUAUGUUUACCAUUCUUAGCAACGCAAAUAUGUGAAAGAGGUAAUAAUAUAUAGAUUAUUUACAUUUCAGACUUCAUCACACUCAACUAGAACAAUUCAUUUUAUUCAUAGUUGUAGAUAAAGUAUCAUUCAUUUGUAUAAAAUCUGUAUCGAAUAAUACUUCUCUUGUAGUGAAGAGUGAUGUAAUAUAUAGGCUAAUAUAGAUUUGUGAUAUACAUUGUUAAUUAACAAGAGAAACGUAAGAGAGAUGAAGAAUUGAGGCAUGUUAAAGUGCUUACGAGGGAACGUUGUCAGGUGUUGGUCUCGGAUUUCAAUUAUUUUCCGGCCCAUUAGUACUAUAUAGUGCCCUAAUAAAAACCCUAAAAGGAUUUGAGUUGUUAUUCAUUCCUUCAAAGGUUAUGACCAUUUUACUGAAUUUUCGACCUGGUCCUGGGUAUAGAUCGGGAAAAGCUAACCAACGAAUUUCGACUUGAAAUUUCGCCCAUAGAUAGAUAAAAUGAUCCUAAGAAUAUCCUGAAAAUUUCAGCCAAAAAGAAUCUUCCGUUAUCGAGAUAUC